AUAGGGCAGUAUAUUGGAGAGAUCUGCCGGUUUCUUCUUACAGUUCCACCAAGUGAAUAUGAUAGAAAACAUAAAGUGCGUCUAGUAUUCGGAAAUGGCCUGAGGCCGCAAAUUUGGGAACCUUUUCUUAAGAGAUUUGGCGUGAAGCAAAUAGGCGAAUUUUAUGGAUCCACUGAAGGAAAUUCAAAUCUCGUUAACAUUGACAAUAAAGUUGGUGCUAUUGGUUUUAUACCAAGAUAUGCUAGUUUCUUGUAUCCGGUUGCACUGUUGAAAAUUGACGAAGAAACAGGGGAAUUAUUGAGAGGACCAGAUGGAUUUUGCAUACCUUGUAAACCUGGUGAGGCUGGCGUUUUUGUGGGUAAAAUUAAUCCAAAGAAAGCAAUAAACGACUUUAGCGGCUACGCGGACAAAAAGGCUUCAGAACAAAAGAUUAUUCAUGAUGUCUUUAAGAAGGGCGAUCGCGUUUUCAAUUCUGGUGAUAUUUUAGUUAUGGAUGACCUCGGAUACUUUUAUUUUAAGGACAGAACUGGUGAUACAUUUAGGUGGCGAGGCGAAAAUGUUUCUACCUCGGAAGUAGAGGCCGUUAUAAGUAACGUGAUAAGUCUUAAAGAUGCAACUGUAUUUGGUGUCGAGAUCCCCGGGAACGAGGGUAAAGCAGGAAUGGUGGCUAUAUAUGACCCAGAAAAUUCCAUGGACUUGAAGGAAUUGGUAGGAAAGUUAAAGAAAGUUUUGCCGGAUUACGCCAUGCCUCGUUUUAUUCGUAUUCUAUCAGAACUGUCUAUGACUGGAACGUUCAAACUGAAAAAGAAGGAGCUCCAGCAAGAAGCUUUUGAUAUUAAAAAGGUUAAAGAUCCAAUUUAUUUCCUCAAUAAUGAUACCUACGUAAGGAUGACUGAUGAACACUACAAUAAUAUCGUCCAGGAAAAAAUCCGAUUAUAAUUCUGCCCUGUGGAGACAUUUUUUUUAAUAAGACGAGGAGAAAGAGACAGAGAGAGAGAGAGAGAGAGAGAGAGAGAGAGAGAGAGAGAGAGAAGUUUGGACUUAUUAUUAGACUAAAACGUUCUUUUACGAUAUUAUGUUUCCAGUGUUAAUUGAUUAAACCAUACUCAGUGAUCACAUUUUGUGGACCAAUAAUAAACUAUCAUGCGCAUCUAUUUUCGCAAAACGUGUGAGAAUUAAAGCACGUAUUGUUAGAAAAAAUGACAUGAGAUUUUUUUUCCAGUAGGAUAAUCAUCACGACUGAUAUUUUACAAUUUACGGAUUAUUUGUAUAUCAGAAUUAUGAUAAUGUGACGAAUAUUCCAGUGUAAAUAGCAAAAUAGCGUAAUAGCUGACGAUAAUUUACACAAUUGUUAAAAGUAUAGGAGAGAGAGAGAGAGAGAGAG